CUUUGCAGGGACCGAAGGGACAAGAGGCCAAUGGGUCGGAGAGCAGGCUGCCCAAGUGAGGAGGAGCCCGGGCCACAGAAAGGGAGCGGGGGGAUGGCUGGCCAGGGCUGCCCUGCUCCCUCUUCCGCCUAAGCCUCCUUCCUUCCCCAGCCGAAGUGGGCUGCAGCUCCCAUCAUCCCCCACUAACCCACCCGGGGGGGCUUGCUGUGGGCUUUGGGGGGAACCAAGAGGCCCGGGGCAGAGACGAGGGCCGCUGGGAGCUGCGGUCUCGCCAGGCCCAAGAGGCAGGCAGGGGCGCCUAGAGCACCCCCCCCCCCCCUGCGGCCGGACUCUGGAGGGACCCCAAGGCAAGGCAAGGCAAGGCAAGGCGGGCCGGGGUCCUCCUCCUCCUCCCCCGCCGCCGCCGCCCCUUCGCUCUCCUUCGGAGGAGGAGGCGCUGCGUCAGUCGGAGGAGAGCGGCGGCGGCGGCGUCAGCUGGAGCCAAGGCAGCGCCAGCCUCCCGAGCAUCCUUCCUCUCCUGCUGCUGCUGCUGCUGCUUCUGGCCGGGCAGGUGCGCCCCUUUGCUCUCCGUCUUUGCCGGCCACCGGAAGAUGAAUGCAAUCCCCCAGGAAGCCCUGAUCUCCGUCUUUCUGCAGUUCAUUGAGGAUUGGGGCUGCCGGACCUACGGGGCCCUGAGCCGGACCUGCAACCCAGGGGCGCUUCUGCACAACGAAAUGAACCUUCUGUACCGCAAGAGCAAGGUGGAGUGGAAACAGAGCAAGGACGAGGAGCCCAAGAAGGGUUCAGCCAAGGAGCCCAGUGUGGGAAAAGUGAGGGAGGGAGCCUCUUUCCGCCGUCACUUCAGGAUGGGUUUCAUGACCAUGCCAGCCUCGCAGGAGCAUGCCCCACAUCCCUGUGCCAGCAGUAUGGCCCCUCGCUCCCUCUCCUGCCACUCGGUGGGCAGCAUGGACAGCAGCAGCGCAGGAGACGGGGCCGCUGGGUCCCGGAAGCCGCCCACUAAGCCCAAGCGCCACCCCAGCACCAAGCUCAGCGCAGAGGCCAGGGCCUGCCUGGAGCCCAUCGGGGGCAAGAGAGGAGGCUCACAGAAGUCCAGUGCCGAGUGCAAAGACUCUGGGCGCAAGGUUCCUCCGCAGAAACCAAAGCGUAGCCCCAACACCCACUUGUCAGUUUCUUUUGAUGAGACGUAUUCGGGGCGCCUGCCGGGGCCCCCUCUGAGUGGAGCCAUGCAGCGCUAUGGCCGUGCUUUUGCCCACAGCCAGGCAAAGGGCUCUGACCCAGAGGAGGAUGAGCCCGUCUACAUCGAGAUGGUGGGGGACAUUUUCCGGGGACCUGGCCCACCCUCGCAGCCGCCCACCACGGCCGACGAGGACUCCGAUGAGAGCGAAGCCAUUUACGAGGAGAUGAAGUACCCACUCCCCGAGGAAAGUGGGGAUUUUCGUCCCAACGGGGACCCAGUUUCCCCGCGCCACCGGCCGGCCAAACGAGAGGCUGCCAAGGCAGCACAAAAUGCCAAGACUUCCCCCUGUGAGAUCCCACCACCCUUUCCCAACCUCUUGCAGCACCGGCCGCCUCUGCUGGCCUUUCCCCAGGCCAAGAAGGGAUACAAAGGGGCCAGUGGCCAAGAAGGCUCCAAGUUACCUGUACUGUGCCAUGCCAAGGAGGCUCCGUCCACUCCCAUGACCCCUCAAGUCCCCAGCCACCACCACCAGCGGGGAGGUGAGGGCACUGCCUUGUGUCCUUCUGGCCGUGCGCGCAGCCACUCCACACCACUGCCUCCGCAGCCCUCUGGCCAGGGCAAAGCUGAGAAGGAAAUCCCCAAUUCCCACAGCACCAUUGGCCCGCCAGCUAAACAGGCUCCAGCUCCUCCACCGGCCACCCCCCUCCCAUCCAUGUUACCGGUGAAGGAAAAGCCGGCCGUUUCCUACACCAUGGUGUACUCUGCGGUCAAGGUGACCACUCACACUGCCCCUGCUGAGCAGAAGACAGAGAAAGAGAUUUCGGUCCUGCACGGCAUGCUUUGCACCCGUCCCUCCACCGUCCCGUCGUGUAAACAGGUCCAGCGGGCAUGUACGCUCCCCGAGUCCCCACCAUUGGGCAUGGUCUGGACCUACCCUGCCCCCUGUGUGGGGAUGAAGCGCCCACCGGCCUACGAGAGCAUCAAAAAUGCAGGUGCCAAGGCUGCCUCCUCAGCGGCGGUCAAGAUCCAGCUUCAGGACCGGGCAUUGACCAGCAUCGCCUGCUCCCAUCUUCUGUCUGGCGAUGAACUUGGACGCACGGCGGGAGAGGAGGAGCCCUUCGGGUGGGUGCUACAGAGGAGGAUGGGCUAUGCCAGCCGGAAGGGCAAAGAGACAGAGAAGGCUACCGAGGGCCCACAGGUUUGGGAGAGCAGUGAUGGCACGCAGCCCACCAAAAUGGAGAAGGAAGAGAAGGCUGGGCUAGGGCCCCUGCAGUCAAGCAUCCCUGUGCGCACGCCGGGGCCUGAAGCUCACGCCAAGAUGCCAGCGGGGAGGACAAACCUGCCUGUCCCCUGCCAGACCUUCCCUGCCUGUCACCGUAAUGGAGAUUUCACCAGCGGUUACCUACUGGGCCGUUCGGCAUCCACCUCUGGCGUCCGACACGCCGUGAUUCACGCGCAGAGGCCAUGCAGUCACCCCCGGGACCCAGCCAGCCUGGCCUUGCAGCACGUGCAACUGCCGGUGCCAGGGGUCCCACCCAGCUCUCGCGAAAGGGACGGCAAGCUGCUGGAGGUGAUUGAGCGCAAGCGGUGCGUCUGCAAAGAGAUCAAAGCACGGCACCGUCCAGAGCGCAGCCUCUGCAAGCAGGAGAGCAUGCCCAUCCUGCCCAGCUGGCGGAGGAACACAGAGAACCGCAAGUCCGGCACGCCGCCCUGCCGCCGCCAGCAGACAGUGCUCUGGGACACGGCCAUAUGACAGCCGGUGGGGGGCUGAGCCCCAAGGAGGAACCGGUGCCUUGUGCGCAGGGCCAAACUGCAGGCAGCAUGCCGCCCCUGCCCUCUCCCAUUAAACCCAACAGAGACCAAGCCGUGGGCCAUCCGGGGCAUCGCCGCCCCCCUCCGCUAAGCUGUGGCCGGAAAGAGAUUUUUCAUGAAGGAUGGCAAUGCUCUUAAUUUUUUUCUUUCUUUCUGGACAAUAUCCUGGAUUAUCAAAAAAAGAAAAGGGAGGUGCCAGGCCAAAAAAGCAGCUGCUUCGCCCUGAAGAACCCUGGCUGGCAGGGAUGCCCACAGCCCCAGGAGAUGGCUGGGUAUCACAGGCAAGCCACAGUUGCCUGUUAGCAAGACGUGUCCACCCCAUGCCAGCCCUAUGCUGACAAGACUGACUUCCACAAUGGCCUCUUCUCUCACUUUCUUAGGAGACUGGGCUGGGUGCAAUGGCCAUGGUGUGUUUGUGCGCACGCAUGUGUGCAUGGUGGUCAGGGCUGAACCAUGCCACCCUCUCAACACUCCUUCAUUGCUCGGCUUAAAAGUGCCAGGAGCACUACCAAUCUCUCGUGCUGUUUUCCUUCUGUCGCCAAAAAAACACAAGCCCACCGCAGAGAAAGGACAGGAAGGGAAAGCAGAUCAAGGGGGUUGAGCAGACAUAUUUCACAGAGGGUCCCUCUGCUCCCACCCCAUGGAAGUAACUGACCCUUUCUUCUGCUUCUUACAAUUGUUUAGGGAAGCUGAGCUCCUGUGGAGAUGUGGUCAGCCAGUUUUUCCCAGAGCAGCCUUAUCCAACCUGGAGGCAACUACAACUCCCAUCAUCCCACAACCAGAAAUGGGAACUAUAGUCCAACACAUUGGGGAAGGUAGGAGGGAAGAAAAGCAAUGGAGCCAAGAGCAAAAGCAUGUUCAUUGAAGAUUUUUGGGGAGGAAGGAAGAGACACCAAGUAGGGAGACCUGAAGUUUGGCUGUCACAGGAGGCUGAACUAUAAAGCCAAAUCCUGUCAUUAUCGGGGCCUUUUUGGAUGGCAAAACUCCCAGUAAGAGUUUCUACAAGUCUGUUAUUUCCCCCCCCCC